GCUUUUUCUAGUGUAUGUCAGUUUCAUUUUCAGAACCUUUUGAUCCCGUUACUCUUUGGAUCACUCAUUCAAAAUGUCCGGCUCGAACGAUCUGCUAGUUCUGAAAGACGAAGAUGUCAAGAUGAUGUUGGCGGCUCAAGUGCACGUUGGAUCCACUAAUUUGGACCACCGAAUGGGUAAAUAUGUGUACACCCGAAAAGAUGCCGGAAACCAUCUGAUUAACAUCAAGUACACGUGGGAGAAACUGCUUCUCGCGGCUCGUGCUAUUGUCGCUGUUGAGAACCCGAAGGACGUUUGCAUCAUCAGUGCAAGGACUUACGGUCAGCGAGCUGCUUUGAAGUUUGCCUCAUACACAGGCGCUGUAGCUAUUGCGGGACGUUUCACCCCAGGUGCGUUCACGAAUCACGAGAUCACCACAAAAUUCCGAGAACCCAGACUCUUGCUUGCAGUGGAUCCUGCUUUAGACCACCAGGCUAUCUCAGAAGCGGCGUAUGUGAACUUGCCGGUCAUUGCACUGUGCAAUACAGAUACUUCCACCAAUUAUGUAGACAUUGCGAUUCCUUGCAACAAUAAGUCGAUCAAGUCUAUUGGCCUCGUAGUCUGGAUGCUGGCACGAGAGGUGUUGCGAAUGAGAGGAACAGUUUCGAGACAACUGAAGUGGGAAGUGAUGGUUGACUUGUUCUUCCACCGAGACCCCGAGGAGGUCGAGAAGGAGCAGAAGGCUCAGCAGGAACCCAUGCCUAUUGCAGCCGACCCGUGGGCAUCCACCGGACCCAUGCCCAUGCAGAUGGACCCCAUCCCAACCUUCGGAGCCCCAACUGUACCUGCUCCGGCUGUGGCACCAGCUGUGAUGGGAGGACAGGUUGCACCGCCACCGGCAUCCGACAACUGGGCAGAUGCCAGCUGGGAUCCGACAGCAGUGCCUGGAGGUAUUGUGGACGGAUGGUAACGUGUCUUUACCCGAUAGUUACGUGUCUUGACGCGCGACUAUGGCCAGAGAACUCAUGUGAUCUUGAUUGAAAUUAAUUUGAUUUGAAUGAGUCAUUGAUAAUCAAGAAAACGUGAACAUCA